AUGCUAUGGUUGAAAAAAAAUUAUCAAUUUUCCAUUGAUUCAAAAAUUAAAGUUCCUUCAUUCAUCGGUUCAUUAUGUAAUUGGCGUCCUAAAUCGAUAACUAUCCCUGAUGAAUCAAAAUAUCAAAAAUAUAUUGAUUCUAUCAAAGUCUCAGAUCUUAACCGAGAGAUGAUUAAUAAUACGACUAAACUUGUUAUAAAAUCCUUACUUCUUGAACUUUUAUCCGAAUAUUUAAAAAACAACAAACCAGAAAUUCCAAAAAGAUCAUAUGGGUUACGGGUUUUAGAUUAUCUUAGAACUGGACGUCCAUUUAUUGAAACAUAUGUCAUCUUUUUUUGCAUUCUUCAUAUAAUUAGUGCAAUUAUAUUCUUUUCACAAAUGUGGAAUGUUUAUUGUAUUAUCUAUGGAAUAAUUUUAAGACCUUUGUUAUUUAAUGACAUGGAUAAAAAUAAAGAUAAAAACAGAAAACAACGAGAAGAAUCAAAAUCUCUUAAAACAAUCAUUAAAGAAUGGUUAAUUCUUUCAAUAUUCUAUACAAAACCUUUAAUAGGUCAUCCAUAUUUUUCAACGAGUCCUCGUGACUUAUGGUCCAAUCAGUGGCAUCAAAUAUUAAACCAAGUUUUUCAAGAACUUGGCUACUUUCCUAUCAAAAAUUAUUUUAAAAACAAUAAAACCCUUGGGCGCGUGCUUGGAAUAUGUUCUGCUUUUUUGCUAAGUGGGUUACUUCAUGACUAUUUAGCAAUAGUGUCUUUUGAUCAUUUUUCGAUAGAUUAUACAAUUUUUUUCUUAUUUAAUGGAAUACUUUUGGUUUUGUGGGAAGUCAUUGAAGGUGAUAUUUUAGGAAGAGGAAAGGAUUUUAAAGAUAGUUUUGGAAUCAAAGUUUUUAAGAUGUCUCUAUUUUUACCAAUUGAGAUCUUUAUUUUACCAUUGUUUGUGGAACCUCACAUUAGGGGACUGUAUUAUGAGUCAUAUCUGAAUAUAUAUACGAAUUUAACAAGGUGGUGGUCUAAUUGA